UUUCCUUGCAACUCCUAUAAAUCAUGGAGUACUACGUAUAUUAAAAUCACAAUUACCUUACAACGAUGUGGAAGGUACUCACCUGACAAAAGAUUUAGUUUUGCAGCAAAGCUUCAAUUCCUUAUAGAUUACGAGUAUAAAGCAUGACAUUUACCAGUAAUUUCCGACAAUUCCAAGAAAGGCAGCCAGAAAUGGAGCGCGAAGCCGAAAGGCGGCUGCGGGAUUUGGUGGUUCUGGUGCCUUGCCCCUUCCAAGGGCACGUCACCCCUAUUCUCCAACUGGGACACGUCCUUCACUCGAAGGGCUUUUCCAUCACAGUCGCCCACGCCAGAUGCAACGCCCCUGACCCUUCAAAUCACCCUGAAUUCUCCUUCCAAGGUUUGGGACACAGUUUAAGCAUAAACUUAGAUGGGAUAAUUAAAGCAAGUGAUAUAGGCUUGAAAGGGAGACUAGAAACCAUCUAUGAUAUGAAUGAGAAUUGUAGGGUACCCCUCCAGGAAUACCUGGAAGAGAAGGGAGAUGUGGUUUCUUGUAUCAUCUAUGACAACCUCAUGUUCUUCUUUGACCAAGUCGCCGCUCUUCUCAAUCUGCCUUCUAUCGUGUUACGCCCUUCCAGCGCUGCUUACUUCCCAGUUUUACUCCAUGUUCUUGAACAUGAAGACACUCUUUCUUCCAUUCCAGAGUCGAGGCUUGAGGAUCCAAUCCUGAAGUUUCAUCCCAUACGAUACCAAGAUAUGUCGAUCGUCUUUCGACAAUCCGAAGAAGUAAGACGUUUCAUGUUGACUUCAAACAAUAUAAGGUCUUCUAUGGCCAUAAUAUGGAACACAAUGGAGGAUCUUGAACACACAUGGUUGUCAAGUCUCCAACAAUGUUACUUUUCUUAUUUCUCGUAUAACACAAAUGUGACAAUGUCUAAUGAGAUGAAGGUAAUAAUUAUUUUACCAAAAUAAGGAAUAUAUAUUGCGUGUUAAAUAAGUAUUAUUAGGAUGUAUUUCUGAAAUUGUUUCCUUCAUUGCUAUAUCACCGUGAAAGAUAGAAUUCAGGAUCGGGUUUCGAAGUGCAAAUUCAAAUCCUACCUUGUUACCCAGGCAAUUUGCUGCACCUAAUUAAUGUACCUUUUUUUUGAAAGGAUUAAUGUACCUUUUUGUUGACGACCCUUUAUAUUCUUGUUUGAAAAAAACUAGUCCUGGACAUUCCAUCCGAUGUCCAGAUGUUGAAUAAAGUGAUUGCUUGAGUGGGAUUUCCAUGACACACCGUCAUCGAAAUCCACCUCCACCCGUCAAUCGGCUUAGCUCGAAUCGAGGUUGUGAGGAACCUAUAUGUCUCGAAGAGCGAACACAUCCAUCCAUUUUGACGGUCGAGCAGUGGCAAGGUAGCGACAAAGAACACGGAAUGUUUUAACUAGAUGAGAGUGAAGAAAAAUGAGAUACAAAAAAGAUGACGGGUUAAGGAAGAAGAAUGUAAUCCUAUAUAUUAAAUGUUUCUGAAUUAUAGUUGUUGGGAUAUUGGGCUGCAGGCCCAAUACCCGGAUCCAAAGCCCAAGAUAUCCAGUCCGAUAGACGGGCCCAUCAUCCAGAAAGUGAAUCAGCUCUUGGGAAAAUAUGUACCGAACGAGGUUCGAAUCGGUUCACAUAUUUGGGUCAGAUCAUUAAUGGGCCAGAUCAUUAAUGGUCUAGAUUGUCAAUGUACCGAACGGGGUUCGGAUCAACCAGUGUACUUAAGCCAGAUCAACGAAGAUUCCAGCAGGGUCCACUGCCCGUUCGGGCAGCGGGUGGCCAACAAGUGACAGGGAGCAUUUAUUACUAAAGUAUGUCGGCAGCUAAGUGGGAGCAUGGGUUCCAAGUGGCUGGAUAAAGCAACCAAUCAACAUGAAGUAUCCCAUACCCCCCAUUAGUAUAAAUAGAAGGAUUAGUUUUCAUUGUAAGGGUUAGCAUUUUGAGACUCAAGCCUAGAAUAGCAUUAUCUCUCUGAUUUCUUGUAUUAGUUACGAUUCCGACAUACCGUUCGGGUAGUUUACAGUGUAAUAAUCAAAUUACUUAAUACAAGUGGGCUUUUGAGUGUCC